GAAGCUAAAUCAUUCAGAUAAUAAACCUCUCGAGUUCUACAAGGUUUUACAACCAAAAAAAAAAAAAACUUUCUUCUUCAAGCCUGCUCUGUUCAGAGCUUGGAUAAACCAGCAGGUGAACUAGAUGGCUGCAACAAGCAUGAUAACUGCCCCCGCCUGUGGCUUGUUGCCUGUAAGAACAACUAGUAGCAGAGCUUGUAUCAACUUCAGAAGCGGCAAUGUGCAACGUUGCGGUAUAAAGGCGAUGCGAGUAGAGAAGUCUUUAGAAGAAUUAUACAAUGUGAAGGUAGAACGAGAAGUAACAGCAGACCGAUUGGCAGAGCUCGGGGUGUCAAAAUGGUCGGUGUGGAAGACCGGGAAGUGCAAGUUGCCGUGGGAUUGGCAGACGGACCAGUUAGUUUAUGUCGAAGAAGGGGAGGUGAGAGUAGUCCCUGAAGGAAGCGAACGUUACAUGCGGUUUGUAGCUGGCGACUUGGUUCGUUAUCCUAAAUGGUUGGAAGCGGAUCUUUUUUUCAAUGGUCCGUAUCAGGAGCGGUAUAGUUUUCGAGCAUAUGGUGAUGAUUAUUGAUCCUACAUUUCAGCUGUCUUUCAAAAACUGAAGCUGUUUAACCCAGCAACUACUGUUCUAUGCAUGUUGAACUGGAUAAGUUGUUAGUUUUGAGUUACAGUAUCUAUGAUAACUAGACAGUCAUGAACGUUUUCUAUUGUAAACAUAGGUACUUGACUCAUAAUUAAUGUACUACUUGAGCUUGAAUGCAAACAAAUGAUAAAACCAUUAGCUGUUUGUCAUCAA